UAGCUAGUUAGCCGCACGACCCCAUCGUGACGGAAGCGAGCAGAGAGCGGGUUAAUGUUUCGCUCGUGCCCGGAUCCUCUGCGAAUACCAAGGGGGGGGGGGGUUGACAGUUAAUGUUUGCAGUUAACCCAGUUCGACAUGGACGAGUCCGACACGGCGGCGAUCCUUCCCGGCGACGUCCUCGGCGCCGCACCAGCGGACGACCGGAUGUCCAACUCCUUCGGCCGCGGAGACGAGGCUGUCGCGCCGCCCAGCAGCGCCGCGCGGCCGCCGUUCACAUGCUCGCUGCCGGUCGCGGUGGAGCCAGUGUUGUUCCUCUCCAUGUUUUCUCUGGCCCUGCAGGCGCCUCUGUCCACCCAGUACCUGUGGGACCGCAUCAGCGAGGACCUCGGCUACAACGGCUCCAGGAGUUCGGAGUGCAGCAACGGCUCCGUGCCCCACGACCCUCUUCAGAAGGAGGUGGAAACCUUAACAGCCCACUGGAACCUGUACAUCAACCUGGGGGGUUUUUCUGUCAGCCUGUUGGUGGUGCCUCUCCUGGGCUCAUGGAGUGACCUUGCGGGUCGCAGGCCAAUACUCAUCCUCCCCAACCUUGGCCUGGCACUGCAGGCAGGGGUUUACCUAGUGGUGAUGUACCUGAAGCUGCCCGUGGUCUACUUUCUAGUGGGCAGACUGCUUAGUGGCCUUUCGGGUGAUUUCAAUGCCAUCCUGGCAGGCUGCUUUGCAUACGUGGCGGAUACCAGUGACAGAAGGUCCCGCACCUUCAGGGUGGCAGUGCUGGAGGCCUGUCUGGGUCUGUCGGGGAUGCUGGCCAGCAUUAUCGGAGGGCAGUGGCGGCGAGCACAAGGGUACAUCAACCCGUUCUGGCUGGUCCUGGCCACCAGCCUGGUUUCAGCCCUGUACGCUUACCUGUUUGUCCGCGAGUCUGUCCAGCCAGACCCAAGUGCGAAGCUCUUCAGCACUCGCAACCACAAGGCUGUCUGGCGCCUCUACUCAACAGGAGGCAGCAUCAGUGAGGGCGGUGGAAGAUUUCACCGAUGCAAGCUGUGGCUUUACACACUUUGCUUCUUUCUGGUGGUGACUGUACACUCCGGCAGCAGGGAGCUGUAUGUGUUGUAUGAGCUAAGCUCGCCGCUGUGCUGGGGGCCGGUCCUCAUUGGCUAUGGAUCAGCAGCUCAGCACCUGGCCUACCUGAGUAGUCUUCUGGGGCUGAAGAUCAUGCAGCGCUGCCUGGAGGAGUCCUGGGUGGCUCUUGUGGGUCUGGCCUCUAAUAUUAGCGGGCUGGUGGUCUUCUCUGUGGCUGACACCACCCAGCUCAUGUUCACAGGUUAUGGUCUGUGUUUCCUCUUCAUGGCUGCGACGCCUGUGCUCAGGUCGAAGCUGUCAAAGUUGGUGGACCCAUCAGAGCAAGGUGCCCUGUUUGCCUCUGUUGCCUGUGUGGAGAGCCUAUGUUUUCUGGUGGGAAGUGGUGUCUUCAACUCGCUCUACCCAGCCACCCUGCACUUCAUGAAGGGCUUUCCCUUCCUCUUUGCUGCCAUCAUCCUCCUCAUCCCAGCUGGAAUAAUUGGGAUCCUGCAAUGUUUAGACCAGAGGAGAGACCACAGAGACUCCACAGCGUCCUGACCUGAAGCAAUGCAAAGGGCCAGAAACCAGUCACAGAGAUUAAGUUCAUCUUGGUGUCAGUGUGUGAGGUGAGCAGCUCUGACACAGAGACAUCCGUUGUGUCCAUCUGUGACGCUGGGAGAGACUUUUGUUGGCGGGCUAAGCGAUGGGAUUCUUCGAAGUGAUCGAUACCAAAGGAUGAAGAAUCAACCUCCUGGCUGACAUUACAGAAAAACCUCAUUCGUCUUCAUAAAUAGAUACUGGACACUGGGGUUUUGUCAUAACGCUACUGGCCCUAAAAAAUCACUGUAGUGUUCACUUAUUUCACCAUUGCGUUCAUACCAAUGGUUUAAUGAACAAGAUUCAAUACGAUAGAAAAUAUAUUCUAAAUGCUUUCAUUUUGUGAUUUGAUACAUUUUCAGUACAGCGUAAUGAGUGCCAAAGAAUGUGCCGUACAUUUCUAUUUUUAAUUUAUUCCGCUCAAUCGCUCUGAUGGCACACUACAUUGUGAAGUGGUAACCGUCAGAGGAAAAUCCCAAAGCCCUCAGUUGUUCCAGAACAUAUAAAGCACGAGUGCAACGUAAUUUGUCUUCAGAGGUUCAUUUAUUCAUAGCAAGAUUUCAAAUCACCUGACGCAG